UGCCAUAUUUAAUUAUUGCAUGUAUUUUUUAAAAACAAACGUUAAACGUUUGCUUUAUUGGAAAACUAAGCGGUUUAGAUAAUUACAGUUGGUUAUAAUUGCGCGUGACGGCUUUCCUCUCAGCAGCAGUUUACGUGCUCCCUAAAUUUACAUUUUUGCCGUUUUCUUUAUUCACAAGCUUACAGGAAGGAAUACAGGGAUCAUUUUAGCAAUUUAUUUUCUCCUAAAUGUUCUUUUGGGAUUCAGAAUAUAUGGGUCCUGAUGAAGACGACGACCCGUUUCAAUGGACAUAUGACAGCCAUGACAAGGAGACAGAAAUUUGCCAGAGUCCUCAUAGCUGUGGGCAGAUACCUGAGAAUCCUGAGUUCAAUUCUGAAACAAGUACAGAUCCAGUUGGCUGUAAAAAAGAGGAGGACGAGGAUGUGGUUCAGAAUAUCCAUGAAGUCAAAGAGCCAAAGCAAGAAGUGGAGCCUGUAGAGGAGAAGCCAUGGAGGAAGUCUGGGGCUGAUAUCACGGAUUACUUUAACUACGGUUUCGAUGAAGAAAGCUGGAAGGCGUACCGUAUGAAACAUGCUAAGCUCCAAGCCUUCCAAGCACAACAUAUCGCUAAUGUCAUGAGAGAGCAAGCUAAAUAUGAAGUGGAGAUGAUGUGUGCUUCUUCUAAUUCAGGCAGACCAUCUAGGAAAUCCUGCAGACGAAGAAAAGCUAAGACCACCAGGCAUGGAGGCAAAGGGAGAAGCAGGAGAAGCAGAGAGAAAGCCCGCCCUUGUCGCACCGAUGCAGCCAAAGAUACUCAGUCAGUAAUGAGGAUUUCCCACAAGAAGGACACCGUCACCAAUUACGACAUGCCACGUUCGGUCAACGUCCGCACCGUGUUCUCAUUUGUGCCUCCACCUUCUUCACUUUUCCAGUUUUACCAAUCUGAGUCCCCCACUAACACACUGAGCAGUGAGAAUGUUGGGAACAUCGAGAAGCCCUCGACUUCCCUGUAUCCAUGUUUUGUCGGUAAGCGACUCAUGUAUCCUGGAGGGAACAUGUCCUCAGACUUUGCGGUGGUUGAUAGUGCCAAAGCGUGGGAGUGCUACAUAAAGCAGCAGCGCAGCAGAGACAGAGACAGAGCGUACGGCCAUGACAAAAACAGACGGCGAUGCAGUGACAGAGACAAACAGAGGUCUUCCUUGUCACGCCACAGUGAGAAGAAGCCGGCGGAGCGCAGGGCCUUUGCAGAUUAUGAGUACAAACGUCGCAGAAUUGAAGGAGUCACCGGCAAAAAGAAGCAGAAAGACGAAGAGGAGGGCUCGCGCAAAACAUCGCAAAGAAGUAGCAACGACAGUAGGAAGGAUGACAGGGAGGCCAGGAAGACGAAACAGAAUCACGCAGAGGGCAAAGACGCUGGGAAGGCUCGGAAAGCGACCGAGAAAAGAAAAUAAAAUUUCAACAGCCCCCAGAACAACCAAA